CCUGCAAGUAAAUCAAGUAAAUUCACCACUUUUUAACAAAUCUUUCAGUUAAUUUCUGUGGUGAUUUGGUAGUGGUGAACUCAGUGUUUUUCAUAAUAACAAUUUAUUCGUUGUCAUUAAAGAGUAAACCGUCAUGGCGAACCUGAAGUCGGAUUUAGACGAGUAUUUGCUUCAAAAUGAGAACCGUCGAAGUUACAAAAUUAGUUUACCAUUCUCUACUCCCAGUUUCUUCUCCCGAAGCAAUGAAGAAACGCCUACGAGUAGUUCUAGUAGUGGAAGCUGGUUUCAAGAAGUGCAAAAAGAGUAUUUCACAUUAACUCGCACACAAAGGUUCAUGGGUUUCGGAGUAUGCCUUUUCUUCGGUAUCCUGUGCUUCAUCCUGUCAUUCCUCUACAUUCCCAUACUGAUACUGCAGGCGCGGAAGUUUGCGCUCCUCUUCACACUCGGAAGCUUGUUCUUCAUACUAAGCUUCAGCUUCCUCUAUGGGCCCUGGUCUCACUUGAAGUCACUCUUCUCAAAGGAGCGAGCCCUCACAACCCUGCUGUACGGCUCUACGCUAAUAGCAACACUGUACUGUGCACUGCAUCUACAAAGCACGCCACUUACUAUUGUCUGUGCUGUGCUGCAAGUGAUAGCUCUACUCUGGAUGAUGAUGGGCUCCAUCCCGGGAGGCUCCACGGGUGCUAGGUUCUUCGGAAGCAUGUUUAAGUCAUCAGUGUCCAGUACACUGCCAAUAUAACAAAUGAGUGAUGUGUUGUUAUUGUGUAUGUGUAUUAUAGGGGUAUUUACUGCUAGCUUUAAUUACGAGACAUGUCUACAUGCACUAUGUUUGUAAGCUAUUCAGACACACUGAACAAGUGCAUACGGAAUUUGUUGGACAACUAAUUCAUUUUUAAACUGAACUGGUACUAUUUACUGGUAUACUAUCAUCAUGAAUUAUUUAACGUUAUGACUUAUGACAUGCAGUGGCGUAGCUAGGCGUGGGCGAAGUGGGCCGUCGCCGUAAAAGGGCGCCAUUCGGGCACAGUAAAAGAAAGGGCCUCUGCGCUGACGCUGCUUCGCCCACGGCUAGAUUAGUUCACACUACGCCACUGAAGACAUGUGAGGCUCAGUAAAUGCGACCUAAUGAUGAGGCGAGACAAGUUUCAGUUCUCAUUUAUAUUUGAAAUUGCUGUCUGUUAAGCGGCUCUAGCACAAUAAAAGGUGAUAAACUAUAUUGAAAUUUGGGGAAGGGAUUCCUAUUAGAAUAAUACUUAAUGAUAGUAUGAGUAAUGACUCUGGCGCCUAAACUUCAAUGUAAUAUGACUGCCUUGUGACUUUUUUAUACAACUUAUUUUCAUAAUUUUCGAAAAUUUGACUUUAAAAAUAUGCUCAAGCAGCUUGUAGCUAGGUCUGUAUACACAAUUGUGAUAGGAUAAAUAUGUAACCAAUGAUUAACUUUUAAAUUAAUUUUGUAUCAUGCAGAAACGUCUGCGAACAAUGCUGUUAAGCUUAGAAACAAAUUAAAAGUGGAAAAAUUCACUGGGUGGGACUUGAAUCCACAACCUCCGGAUGACAAGACAGUUAAUUUUUCCACUUUCAAUUUGUUUCUAAACUUAUUAACUUUUAGUUAUUAAACUUUGAUUUAAUUAUUUAUUAUUCUUGCCUAUGAAUUUAUUUUAUUUUCAAGUUAAUGUCGGCAUAAAUUGUGCCUAGUGAAGGUUUUUUUUAUUAGUGUUCGUUAAAGCCCUAUUUAGACGAAGCGAGAACUCGCAUGCGAGUUUCAUUACAUUGUGGUUUUUGUUCGGUCAGUUGAAUUGGACGUAACCAACAGUACGCAAUGUAACUAAAAUCGCAUGCGAGUUCGCACGCCGUCUAAAUCAGCCCUUGGUGUAUCUAUUAUCUGUCAACAUACCUACUAAGCAUGUACUGUUAAGGCGCUAUUCCACUAGUGUGCGUCUGAAGCAUUAGGUUCAAACUGGACCUCGCGGGCGCUCUCGUCUCCGCUCGGCUCAGCGUUACUAUGAGAAAUUAUUAGGGUUGGCUAAACUUGACGUUCCUUUGCGUGCCCAUUGGUACACAAGCACGGUAUAUGUGAUAAUCAGUUAAAAUUUGACAACCCUAAUUAGCCGAAAGGGAUACCAUGCAUUAGACGCCAUACAUUAGAAAGGCACAGCAUGAUUCGUCCCUGAAUUGCUGUCAAACUUCGGUUUUUUAGGAAGAGGAAGUUUAAUUUCUGUACAAGUAAUAUGUACUAUUAUUCUGUGGCACAAGCUUUUUUGUACUGAUUAUGCUUGUGCCGCACACUGGUGGAAAACGAGACAUUUUGACCAUACGUUACGAAGCAAUCGCGAUAAGGCCUCUACAAACCUUUCGAGACAAGUAUCGCAACCCGAUAUGUCGCAAGCGAAGUUAUUAAGCACGCGGUUAUCAGCUGAUGCAUUAUUUUUGUUCAAUGCUUAAAUAUAAUUUUCGUUUGUAAAUUUUUAUCAUUAUAAUUAAUGGAUUAUUUAGAAUGUAUCUUUUAAGCCAAGCGCGCACCACGAUUUUUUGUCGCGCGAUAAUUUAGUCGCAGAAAUGUAACGUAUGGGUUUAUUUUAUAUGGCGGUGCGCGCAUAUGCGACAAAAAAAUCGCAGCGAUUUUAAAAUUGUGAUUUGUUACAUUUUUCCGCGACAGCGCGCGACGCGAUUGUCGCAAAGUGAAUUGCAGCAUACGAAGCUGUAUGGCCCCGCGCGCACUGCGAUAAUAAAAUCGCAGCCGGGACCUCAGUCGGCAUUUCGCUCUCCAAGCGUCAACAUAUCGGAACCUGCUUUUCCAAUGGAGUUACAAGAUGAGACGCUAGAUGUUGACCGUUUAAUUAUAGAAAUAGAAGGAGAUCACCUUUGUGGUAUAAAUACUCAGUCAUACAGCGAUUGCAUAUUGUUUCACGACAAGCGACUGGCACGACAUCCAUGUCGAGAAUGAACAAAUCGUCGACUUUUUCAUCGCAGUGCGCGCACUGAAUUUUCUGCGAUAAAUUACAGCGCGAUUGUAAAAUCGUGUCGCAAAAAUUAAAAUCGUGGUGCGCGCUUGGCGUUACUUCUUAAUUAGAGGUUAAUAAAAACAUAGGUAACAGAAAAUAACAUCGUGAAACGUAACGUUAAUUUAAGUAGAUGUUGGCGGGAUGCUUGAGGGGCGUGGCCAAGAUAUGCAUGCGAUUUGCGUUACAUUGCAGGAUUUGAUCGACCGAUUGAAUUCGUUGCACUUACUUAAAUGUUUCACACACUUAAUUCAAUUGUCCUAACAAUGAUCCCGAAAAAAACAUUCCUAGUUAGUGCAGUCAAAUUCUUAAUAAACGCGGUAACACCUUUAGAAUUCAGGAAUUUAAACGUGGUCAUGCAAUAAAUACAUAAACAAAAAUAGGAUUCUUAAUUAAGUAAGACCUGUAAAGCAUUGAGACGGCAAUGAUGUAAAAUCGCAUGCGAUUUGAUACAAGGUCUGCAGAGCCCUUUGUACAUCUACUUCGCAAAUCGGGGCCUUAGAGAUAAAAAAAAAAAUCUAUGCACAACUUUAGUAGGUACCUACUUUUCUAAUUUGUAAGAUUUUAUACCUUUGCAUAGGAAGCUCGUGUCUUAUCAGAAAUGGUUGUUAUAUAAAAAUAUUAGAAUUGACCUGAUUUGGGAAAUUUGGAUUCAUACCUAUCCAAGAUAAAUCAAAUAAUUUGUUAAAUAAACGAUUAUAGAAAUA